GCAGGCGAAAGAACAGAGAGAAAGGGCGGGAGGGUUUUGUUACUUUUGUAUUUUCCCAUUUCCACCCUAAAAUUUUCUUUGCCCCCAAACCCCUUCUCUACCUCCUCUCCAAUCAAUGGACUGCCAAGAGGCUCCUGCCACCGCCACCAUUGCCGAUAUCCCCACCCCACCGCAUGGUUCUCCUGAUUUCAUCCCCGUCGGAUUCCCAGAUGUCAUCCUUCCGGAGAUUCUAUCUCCUACGUCCGAUGAGUACCACGACCACGACAAUGAGCACGGUCAAGAUCACGACCAUAACCAGGAGAACUCGUCCGGAGCUGGAGUGCCCACUGAUGAUCUCAAACACAAAAUAAUUAAGCAGGUGGAGUAUUAUUUUAGCGAUGAAAAUUUGCCUACCGACAAGUAUCUGAUGUCAUUUGUAUAUCAUUAUGCUUAUGUAUAUCAUAAGGCUGUCAUUUGUUGAAGGGAUUGUUGGCAUCCUUACUGCCCUACUAAGAAGAGUAUUAAUUCAAGUGGUUGGCCCUUUUCCGUUAUUAACAUAUUUAAUUUCUUUGAGAUGAAUGAAGAUCCAAACACCUUGUAGAUUGUGGUUUAAUUGAUUGAUCUGAAUAUAAAUAUUUCGCAAGCUGAAAAUAAUGCUUGUUGGUGAUUUUUUUCCUGGAUUUGCUUUCCAUUUAGCUAACAAUGAUAGGAGAUUCCUCUUGAAUGGAGAUGAAAGUGAUGAAAUAAAGCAGGUACUUAUGACAGGUCAUUCCUAGCUCAGAUGUUUUCCUGGUGCAACCAAAUCUUGCUGUGCCGAACUUCUAGGCUAGGUCUGACUGAAUGACUAUGCAACUAACUGCUGUCUGAUUCAUUCUCUAUUCCUUUAACUCAUAAAUGCUAAUUGUUUUAUUCAAAUAUCCAUAAUAUAUUUUCUUAAACUGAUCUAAUUCCAUUGCCCAUCAGUCUAAUCUGACAUCUUUGAUCUGGUGAUAAUAGCCAAAAUAUAUAUAUUGGCGUAACUGGACUGAUUAUUUGAGUUUGAUCCUCUCUCCUCUCCCUGGGAAGAACAAUGUUGAAUGCUUAUUUGAGGUCAAAGCUACCUUGUCAUGUGCUUACUAAUGCCCCAAUAAAUAACUAAAGAACCCAAAUUUUC